GGAGGGUAGAGCUGCUCCGCUGCAUGCUCGCGCCCAGGCACGAGCAGCGCUCAGAUGUUUUCAUUCUUAACUUAUAGGGUCGCGAGAGCAGGACGCUGAGGAGUCUCCGGACGCGAGGAAGAAAAAGUCUGCCCGUUUUUUUUAAAUUUGUGUGUUUCAUUUAUUUUGGUUUCCUCUCAUUUCCUCCCGGUGUGAUGUCAGCCUGUCGGGCCGGUUUGGUGCUCCUGUGCGCGGCGUUGGCGGUGAGUCGCGCCCGCAGGAGUUCACCGGAGCAGGAGGAUGUUCAGGAGAAAAUCAACAGCGCCAGAUGCACGUCCAGGUGCCUCACUCUGCACAUGACUCAACUGACCGCUGCCUUCAGACACCUCCAGAGUGACCAAGUUCUGGUUUGGUGUGAAAACCACAGACGCUGUGCACAGUGUCUUCAGCCAUGCAAAGAACUGUGGGAAACCAGGAAGGUGCUUUCUCCAAAGUCCUGUGAGAAGCAGACAGAGUGUGUGACGAGCAGGGAGUUUCUGACCUCUCUGAGGUCGUCUCGUCAGGGCGACUGCCCUCCGCCUCAGCGAGCGACCGGGUUCGCUGCAGCCUGUGUGGAAAGCUGCUCGUCAGACCAGCAUUGUCCCUCCCCAAGGAAAUGCUGCUCUAAUGGCUGCGGACACACUUGCCAAGCCCCAGCCAAUCUAUAUAAAGGUGUUCCUCUGAAGCCUCGCAGAGAGAUGAGCUUUGUAGAAGAUUCAGAGGGUGACAUGAAAGUGGCGUGGGUGUCAAAGUUCAAUGUCAGCGUGGAGCCGAUCGUUUACAUGCUCCAGUCCCGCUGGAACAAUGGGAUUCAUCCCAGUGAAGACCACGCCACGCUGUGGGCUACUGUUGCCAUGACCCUUUCUGAAGAGGUGGUUCUGUCAGAUUUGAGACCUCAACGCUGGUACCAGUUCAGAGUAGCAGCCAUCAACAGCCACGGCAGCAGAGGCUUCACCACACCCAGCAAACACUACAUCUCCAGUAAAGACCCCUCACCUCCAGAACCUCCAAUAAAUGUGAGAGUGAGCAACCAGACUCUGGACUGGACGGGUUCACAACCAGGGACCCAGUUCACAGAAAGGUCGAGGGGAAGUGGGGUCACAGUGGCGGUCUUAUUAAACUGGGAGCCCCCCAGAGAGGGAGACCUGCCAGUCCACAACUACAGAGUCACCUGGAUGUCUCGACAUGCACACACAGCGCACAAACACACGCACACACUGCAUGCAAACACACAUACAGUGCAGAGUAACAUACACACACGCCCUACACACUCACGCACAUCAGAACAGGGUAAAAAGGAGAGCAACAGCAGAGUGACUCAGGGGGCGCAGUGUGAGCUGUGGCUGCAGGGUCUGCUGCCUGCUACUUCCUACUUCAUUUCUGUCCAGACGGUGGCCUACUGGGGUCAGAAGAGGCUGAAAAGUCCCAGAGCUCAAACUGUCUUCACUACAAUAACUCAUACAGGCGAAGACUUCUCCAAUGAGCUCCCCUCUUCCUCAUCUUCAUCAUCUCUUCCCUCCUCUCCUUCCCUCUCAUCCUCCUCCCCUUCUUCCUCUGACCUCCCCCACUCCUCCUCUCUGCCUCACCCUGAAUCCCCCCUCAACCCUGUCACCUCUGGCAACCUGCGCCUGGAGGUCGCUGCCCCUCAUUACCAUGACGACCAGCUGCAGGUGAAGGUGUUCUGGAAGUGGCCUAACCAUGGCAGACAGAGACACCUUGGUCCAUACAUUUUGCGGUGGCGUCCACAUACCUGCAGUACUAAUGUUACAAGCACAGAGAGAACAACAACUGUGCAGGGCACACAUCACACCAUCACAGGACUGCUGUUUGCCUGUAAGUACCGGGUCGCCGUGGCAAUGAAGGCCGACCCGGGGUCAGAGGCUGUUGCCUGGGUUACGACCCCAACUUGCUCCUCUAUCAGGGUCAGAGGAGGCAAAGCUUUGCCAUGCAACACUGAGGAGCGCCUCCUGUCAGGCAGAAAGGUGGUACUGCGUCCAGAACGACUCACUGCAGACUUCCAGCAAGUCAAAUUUGGCACCUUGCUGACGACGCUUCGCUGGAGGAUGUCCCAGCAUGCACUGGACCCGGCAGCUGUGGAGGGGUUUCAGUUCACCUGGACGCUGCAGUCAGGGGUUACCACGGCAACAGAAGGGCAGGAAGACACACUUAUCUCCCAGACACAGACAAUUGCACCGUCUCAGCGUUCGGUGUCAGUUCAAGGUCUUCAGGCUGACAGUGUUUACCAGCUGCAGCUUCAGGUGCUAACAGCAGGGGGCAACAACGGCGCCACAGUCUCCAAGACCAUACAUACUCCAGCAUUUAAUGCCACGCUUCGAUAGGCACAAACCCCACAGCUGUCACCGUCUACUGCACCACGGUCAUCCUUUACCAACAUCUACAUCUCCACUGCAACAUGGUUUUAUAGCAGUUCAAGCGAAAGAAAACAUGACCAAAAGCUAUAAAAUAAAGAAAUGUAAAAUAGAUCACUCUCUCAUAUGAACUGUAUUUCCUACUCUGACUGGGUUGUUUCUCUUUCACUUUAAUCACUUUUCAAACAUCAGGAAGGUUGUGAGUUCUUCUUAAUGGAAAAAAACAUGAAUCAUACAUUUAUUCUAUCAUUAAUCUGUCAGCUGAUCCAAAGAAUAUGGCCUAGGUCAUUAUUCUUUUGUAAAAAUUGUAAAAAAGAUAACUGUACCUAUACAUGGGGCCAGUUUUAAAAGGUCUAUGUACUUAAUAAUACAAUAAGCAUCCUUAAACGGUCAUCGUUCUAUUUUUUCUGCAGCAUUUUCCAAAUGAAUCCUCUUGGCAUUAGUGUUACAGUGCCGCAGCAUUGCGAGACAUGUAUGUGAAACUCCUUGCACGGCUGCAUCUGCACAUGUUUGGUGUUUAAAAGCGACCAAUGAGGUCAUUUCUAAUCACCUGACAUCACUGGAGCCAAAUGACACUUGUAAAGAGACUUUAUUAUUAUACCUGUUGUUUUUGAUCAUGCAAGUAGAGAAUGAUAUAGCACUGACCUUAUGUACAAAUAGAAAUGUAUAGCACCAGACUGCAUAACCUGCUGCAUUAUCUUUGGGGUCCGAAAUGGUGUGCUGAAACCUUGAAGUAAGCUCAAAUAUAUUUUAAUAUUUUGUUCAUAUGUUUAAAAAAAAGCUCAUUUUUUUGACUCAAGUCUGUCUGAAGUUACUUGUUUGAUACAUUUUAUUUUGCCUUGUGCAGCAUUAGUUUCCAUGAUGGUACAUCCAUUUCACUAAACAAUGAUAUGUAUGUGACAUUUUGACACAGUUAAUAUAGCUAUACCUGUGGUAGAUUUCUUUAUUUUACAAAAGUCAUGACAUUACUUUGAAAGGUUGGAAACUACUGGUA